CGUCGGGGGCGUCCCGUCGGGGGUCCGAAGAUGCCUCGCCCGGGCCGCAACACCUACAGCGACCAGAAGCCCCCCUACUCCUACAUCUCGCUGACGGCCAUGGCCAUCCAGAGCUCCCCGGAGAAGAUGCUGCCCCUCAGCGAGAUCUACAAAUUCAUCAUGGACCGCUUCCCCUACUACCGGGACCACACCCAGCGCUGGCAGAACAGCCUGCGCCACAACCUGUCCUUCAACGACUGCUUCAUCAAGAUCCCCCGGCGGCCCGACCAGCCGGGCAAGGGCAGCUUCUGGGCGCUGCACCCCAGCUGCGGGGACAUGUUCGAGAACGGCAGCUUCCUCCGGCGCCGCAAGCGCUUCAAGGUCCUGCGGCCGGACCCGCUGGCCGCCACCAAGGCCGGCCCCGAGGCGGUGCAUUUCCUGCAGCAGCAGCAGCAGCAGCAGCAGCAGCAGCAGCAGCAGCAGCAGCAGCACCACGCGGCCACCAAGCUGCGGCUGAGCGCCCUGGCCGCCUCGGGCUCCCACCUGCCCCCGGUGCCCGCCUACGCCCACGCCCUGGGCGGCGUGGCCCAGCCGUCCGGCUUCAAGCAUCCCUUCGCCAUCGAGAGCAUCAUCGCCCGCGACUACAAGAUGCCCGGCGGGCUGGCCUUCUCCGCCCUGCCGCCCGUGCCCGCCGCCGCCGCCGCCGCCGCCUACCCGCUGCCCGGCCAGCUCAGCCCCAUGGGCACCUCCCUGGGCCCCGGCUGGCCCCACGUCUACGGCCCCCUGGACCCCUCCGGGCCCCUGGCCGACUACGGAGCCGCCUACGCCGUGCCCCUCAAACCCCUGGCCCACGGCGGCCCGACCCUGCCCGCCAUCCCCGUGCCCAUCAAGCCCGCCCCGGCCGCCGUGCCCGCCCUGCCCGCCCUGCCCGCGCCGCUGCCCGCGCUGCUGUCCAACUCUCCGCCGUCGCUCAGCCCCACCUCGUCGCAGACGGCCACCAGCCAGAGCAGCCCGGCCACCCCCAGCGAGACCCUCACCAGCCCGGCCUCCGCCCUGCACUCCGUGCCCGUCCACUGACCCGGAGCCGGGCACCGUCGGGGCAUCCCCUGCC